UUUUGGUUUUAUUGAUUUAUACCUCUUUUACUUUAAGGGAAAAUAUCUGAUUUCUGAUUCUCACAAUAUAUCUGGUGCAUUCAGCGGUCUCCAGGUCCGCGUGCAACAAGCGGUCUGCAGGCCCGCGUGCAUUUGACUUUUCUGUCAAUGUUUGAGGCACAUUCUUGACAUGCAAACAGAUCAUUUUGCAAACAAGUCACCACAGUACAAAACUUUUAUGUGCGAAGGUGAUCUCUGCUAAAAUGUUCAAGCAUUUCUGCAACCAUUAAACCAUACAUUUUGUAAAAUAUGACUAUUAGAGCAAAAUAGUAAGUAAUUUUGUUCGUUUUUAUGUAGCCUGUUAUUGCACAAUUACCGGAGUCUCCAUUUCGAACGGGAGCAAGCCGAUAUAAUACAACAAUAAAACAAGUCAUCUUCACCGUAUGCAAGACUAAUAAAAUACAAUUUCAUAAUUUAACAUUAAUGUAUGGAUGCCGCAGUUAUGGUACCGGGGACACUAUUGCUGGAAUAUGACCACAAUACUGUUGCUCUCCAUGGCAGUAAUAACUACAUUCACCUUAAAUAUUAAUGUGAUUUACAACCCAUGUACGUUUGAAGAAUUAGGACUGUGUUGUGGUUUCGUCCUGCAGACUGAAGGACCGAUACUGUCUCAGUCCAGCCGUUCUGGGAAUUAAUGAGGAACUCUGUUCACAGUCCUGAAUGCACGCUCUCCGCUAACAGCUCGGCAGUCAUGCAUGUUCAAAGGACCUUCAUGUUGUGGAUAUGAACGCUGGAAUAAACUUCGGACUUUCGGAAUUUGAAAGAGCGGCGCUUUGUGCCUCCGUGCGCCUGUGUGUGUAACAGACGGAGGGAGGGAGGGCCAGCCGGAGCUCUGCAGCGGCUCCACGCUGUAAGCUGGAAACCAAGUGAAGAGGCGACGCAGGAAAAGUCGCAGCAAGUGACUGUCGCAGAGAGAUCCUCGAUCGGGGCUACGAGACGCGGCUGUGUGUCCCGCUGAGCUCGGCACCGUGCUAUUGGCGCUCUGGGGGCUGGGGGCUGGGGGCUGGGGGCGGCCGGACUGGAGCGCAGCCGCGCCGGCCACGAUGAGCUUUGAUGCCGGCGUAUCUUGCAGUCUAGCACAGAGCUUCCGAGAGACGCUUCGCGGACCGGAGCCUAGCCGAUGAGACAUGAAACCUCUCUGCCAGCCGUCGCCGGCCUAACGGGCUGGGAGAGCAGUCGAAGUGUGCAAGGGGGAGAAGGUGCUAUAAAAAGGCAUAGACGCGCCGGCUGCCGGGCGCCCUUCAACACCGCAGCUAAACACCCAGCCGGGAGCCGCUUCGGGGAGUCAUGCCGGACUGCGACUCCGCAUAGUUACGGCCGAUAGACGAGGAGCGCCUUGGAGCGACAGUAAGGCCGGGCUGGGGCUGCUUUCAGCCCGCUUUGUGAGAAGCCGAUCGCUCGGUAUUAGGCCCGGAACUGGCCCUGGCCUUUUCUUGCCGCCCGAUACCGAUUCCCUCCCCCCUGUUUUUAUUUAGCCAGAACCGAGCCGAUUUCCCCCCACAAAGGCGCGUUCAUGAGUCCGGAGCGUGUAACGGGCCGUUUCCGUUAAUGAUUUAUCCGCCGAAGGUGGCGUCUUUCGGGAAUCAGCCUCAGCCCGUCUGGUACACUUUGUUGCCGUCGCGGGCGCCUUUCGCGGUCCCGGCGGAUACAUUGUAGUGCCGCCGUGACUCGAGUCCCCUCGGCUCCCUCGUUAUCUUCUCCCGGUGACGGUACCGUCUGUCCACAGCCUGGUCAGGUUCUUACGGAGCUUUCCGCGUGUCUCCGCUAUUAUGCGGCGCCUGAAGCCCCGAAAUAAAAGCUUUUUAUUGGAAAAAUUCGGAAGAUUUCAGCUGAAUCGUCCUAUUGUGGUGAUGUGGAGCUGAAGCGACUAUGUGAGAAAUGAGUAUGAUGAAACCCACACGCAAGCUGCUCUUUGUCUUGUGUCCCAUGCUGGUCUUGGGCUUCAUCUAUUACUCAGCCGGGAAGCUGCACCUGCACAUGUGGGGCCAGAAGACGCAGCCGGUGGAAGAAGCCAUUCUCACCGUGGGACGAGCAGUGUACGAUAAGCAGGGCUUCCUGCUGAAGCUGGACGGGAAGCUGCCCCAGGAUCUGUUCUACAAGUACGGCAACAUGAGCAAAGGCACCUGCAAGCCGGGCUACGCCUCUGCCAAGAUGGCGUCCAUCUACCCAAAGUUCGCAAAGUUGGCGCCCAUGUUCCUUGACCAGAACUUCAGGCGACUGGGAAAAAUCAGAGAUUAUUUACCUCCUUUUGGCAUCAAAACCCAAGAGAAGCUCAUAGCUGAUAUUUUAGCUGCUACAAAGAACUACGGACUCAGUCCUCACUUGGACAGUCUGAGUUGUAAAAGGUGUAUUAUUGUUGGAAAUGGCGGUGUCCUCGCCAACAAAUCCCUGGGCUCGCGAAUCGACGAUUACCAUGUGGUGGUGAGGCUAAACGGGGCCCCAGUGAGCGGCUUCGAGAAGGACGUGGGCUCCAAGACCACCAUGCGCAUCACCUAUCCCGAGGGGGCCUUCCAGAAACUGCAGCUCUACGAGAAGGACUCUCUCUUUGUUUUAUCUGCUUUCAAGCCCCACGACUUCAAGUGGCUUCUGCAGAUGGUCUUCAAGGAGAAGCCGCGUGGAAUGGAAGGCUUCUGGAAGUCCAUCGCCCUCUACGUUCCGCGGGAAGCUUCAGAUAUGCGUAUCCUCAACCCAUACUUCAUCCAGGAGGCUGCGUUCCAGUUCAUCGGCCUGCCCCUGAACAACGGCCUCAUGGGAAAGGGGAACAUCCCCACGCUGGGCACCGUCGCCAUCACCAUGGCCCUGCAUAAUUGCGACGAGGUGGCGGUGGCGGGUUUCGGGUAUGACAUGAACGACCCGCACUCCGCCCUGCAUUACUACGAGACCGUGAAGAUGGCCGCCAUAAAAGAGUCGUGGACUCACAACAUCUCAAAGGAGAAGGAGUUCCUCCGGAAACUGGUGAAGGCCAAGGUGAUCACAGACCUGACCUACGGCAUUUGAGCCUGAGACGGCACCAGCUUCCCCGAGGACCUUCAGGAAACGAGGCUGGUUGAGGCUCGCCAGUGAUUACGGGAGACAUCGCCAAGCCUAUGCCCUUCAACCCCCGCUUUGUUCUUGACUGAAACUUUGACUUGGUGGGAUGCCCCCCCCAACACACAGGUACACACAGACAUGUGCCUUCCCAGACUCUAGGGAGAUCAAGAUUGUGGCUUGUUUCCUGAUGUGCUCCAGCAGUGCAGGUACAGCCCUCACAUCAAUGGUACUGGGGGGGGGGGCACAGGCGGGGAGAAGGAA